UUUGUAUCUGCUUCAGAGCGGAUUCAACCGCCAACUAACUUACGUUUUGCUAUGUCACGCUAAAGAAGUUUGAGACCAGUUUGUUCAUAGAAACCGGGAUUGGUACGGCGACGAAGCCCUAUAUGACUGGAUUUAUGAUAUAAAAUGACAGCGUGUCGUGUUUUUUGAAGGAAAUUACGAGAGAUUUUCGGCCGCUGUUGUUACAGUACAGCUAACGUUGAGUAGUGAAGCCAACAGCCUCAUGUUUUCGUCAAGCCAAGAAGAGCACUGCGCCCCGUCCAAAGACCCAGUUAAAUACGGGGAACUGGUGGUGCUAGGGUACAAUGGCUCUCUGCCCAAUGGAGACCGGGGUAGACGGAAAAGCAGAUUUGCGCUAUACAGGAGGACCAAAGCCAAUGGUGUUAAGCCAAGCACUGUGCACAUCCUCAACACCCCCCAGGCCAGCAAGGCUGUGAACUGUAAAGGCCAGCACAGUAUCUCCUAUACACUAUCCAGGAACCAGACAGUGGUGGUGGAGUACAGCCAUGAUAAAGAUACGGACAUGUUUCAGAUCGGGCGUUCCACUGAGAGCCCCAUAGACUUUGUGGUGACUGACACAAUAGCAGGAGGCCAAGAGGGAGAGGAAACACCCAUCACACAGAGCACCAUCUCUCGUUUUGCUUGCAGAGUCGUCUGUGAACGUAACCCGCCCUACACUGCUCGCAUCUUUGCAGCUGGAUUUGACUCUUCAAAAAACAUCUUCCUUGGGGAAAAAGCUGCGAAAUGGAAGAACCCUGAUGGUCACAUGGAUGGUCUGACAACCAAUGGUGUGCUGGUAAUGCAUCCCAAGGGUGGGUUCACAGAAGAGUCCAAGCCAGGCGUCUGGAGAGAGAUCUCUGUUUGUGGGGAUGUUUACACACUGAGAGAGACCCGCUCCGCACAGACCCCAGGAAAACUGGUGGAGAAUGAGAGUAACAUCCUGCAGGAUGGCUCCUUGGUGGAUCUGUGUGGAGCUACUUUGCUUUGGCGUACGGCAGAGGGGCUCUUCCACACCCCCACCCAAAAGCAUUUGGAGGCUCUGAGACAGGAAAUCAACGCAGCCCGACCCCAGUGCCCCGUCGGUCUCAACACCCUCGCUUUUCCCAGCAUGCAACGCAGCCGCGCCCUCUCCUCUCUGGAAGACAAACAGCCUUGGGUGUACUUGGCCUGCGGUCACGUGCACGGUUACCACAACUGGGGCCACCGUUCAGAGCAGGAGCCCAACACCCAGCGAGAGUGUCCCAUGUGCCGGGUGGUUGGGCCCUAUGUGCCGCUGUGGCUUGGCUGCGAGCCGGCCUUUUACGUGGACACAGGUGCGCCCACGCAUGCCUUCGUGCCAUGUGGACAUGUAUGCUCAGAGAAGUCCGUCAAGUACUGGGCGGAGAUCCCUCUGCCCCAUGGCACUCAUGCCUUCCACGCCGCGUGCCCCUUCUGUGCCACCCAGCUCAGCCUCACCCAGGGCUGUUCCAAGCUAAUCUUCCAGGGCCCGGUGGACUGAACUAACGGGUCCUACUGUGGCGGAGGGAUUAGACAGAAGUGCCAACAUGCUGUGAAACUGUUUUGAUUAUUUUGUGCUUUCUUUUGUUCGUGUAAGCCAGCUGUGGAAAGGAGUAUGUCUUCUCAAACUUCUGGUCAUAUACUGUGGAUUCUGCGCUACAGAGAGCCAUUACAGAUUGUUCAGGGCUUCUUGUGGCUGUUUGGAUGGCCGCUGUGGGAUACAGAGUUGUGGAGCCCACUGGACCACAGACGCCUGGCUCAUUGAAAAUGAAAUACCGUUUCAGCUGUCCUGCCAACCAACCGCUUUAAACACAGCUUCAGCACUGGGCUGUUUAAACUACAAUGGCUGCUGGUUUUCAAUCAGAGGGCUGUAAGAUUAAAGUUGUAGGAGGGAGCAGUGAGCAGGUGUAGUUCUGGUCUGUUGGGGGAGGAAAAUGAGGGGGGAGGGGUUUAUAGUCUACUUCCUGGUGGGCCUGGGACUAUAGGUUUUUACAGAGCCAGACAGCUGGACUGUUGGCAGAGGGAAAAGCCAGGAGAAACAUGGGCUCUAAUGGCUAAAAAAGUUCACUUGCCCCCAUUGGCCCGUCACCUACAUGAUGUAGCAUACUCGGACUUUGCUUCCAUGUGCUCAACCAACUUUUUAAGGUGGGAGAGGGGGGGUUUCAUGUACAGAGAUUUAAUCCAGUGCCUCAAAUCCCAUAGUAUUUUGGGAAUAUUUUUCACAGAUGAUUAAGAGAUAUUUUGUUGAAGGUAAAGGCUGAUAGUUUUGCAAACAGAAGACAUGAGAAAUGGACAACCCACACAGAUUCUUCUCCACAUUUUUAUCAGACAGAAGAGGUAUUUUACUACACUGAGGCCCUUGUACUGUUUUGUAAUGCAAAUGUUAAUAUAUAUUUUUUCUGCAUAAAUAAUGUGUGUGAGAAUGUUUAAGUGUGUAUGUGUGAGUGUGUGUGUGGGUUGGACUAAGUGGGUGCCCUCGGGGCUUCAUUUCAAAUGCCCUGCAUCAUCAUUUCACCCCCAAUCCUCGCUGUAUGAUCUCACCCACCACCCAAAACUACCAGACAGAACACAGGAGUGAAACCAACCUUGCAGGGUUUGACAAUGAAUGUACUGAAUUACAUUGACUUUUCCUCACAGAUAGUGCUCUACCCUUCGACUAUUCUAUCACUUUCUAAAUGACUAUGCUUGUUAAAGGUGUAGGGCCUGCUACAGCAAAACACAACGGUGGAACUUAUCAACUAUAUGCAUCAACCACACUUACUUGCUAGCUGGCUAACUAGCUGGUUCUCUGCCCCACACACAUGUACUGUAUUCUAUCUGCACUGUUGUUAGCUUUAUCCCACGCUGGGGCUGAUCCAAUGAUUUGUACGCUGUCAAACCUGGGCACAGUCUCAGCAGCAUCCAGAGAUUAUACCAAAUAUGAGAAGGAGCUGUUUCCUCUCCACAUGCAAGAUGUAACAACCACUCUCUCCAAUCCAAAGUGUUUCUGUAAACAAUCCUUAACCCAAACUGCUGCUAUAGUGGAAUGUUGACAGCUCUGGAUUACAGUCAAGCCUAUACAGAUGCACACACCAGCUCCAUGGGAAUAAUGAUAUUAUCACAUACAAUGCCAAAUUUGGUAAAUUCUAUUGUGUGUGUGGAUGAGUAAAAAAAAAUCGCAGAUGAAUUGAAACUGAAGAAUCUGGGACAAAUCUGUGCAUUCUUCUGUGAUGCUAGCAUACCAGACUGUGCCCAUAUGUAGGGUGUAGUUAGAAGCAGUAAUGCUGCCAAUAGUUUAUUAAAUACUAUAGUGAGGAUUUAAAUUAUGUAAAUGUUGAGGCAUGUUCCCAUUAUAGCAUUCAAAUUUCUUCCAGGUUGCAUUAAUCUUAAUAUUUCUAAGGGGCAAAAUCUACUUUGAUCAAGGGCUCCUAACCUCAGAUCACAGAAAUAUCAUCUCAGCAACAGCAGUGAACUGACCGUCUUUGUUCUUAAGAGAAAUAUUCUUUAGUUACGCUUCACUCAUAUCGCAGAGCAUUUCUGAAUCAGAUUUGAUGUAACUGCCGUGCAGGGUCAAGUACUAAGUCACAUACAGUACAGUAGCAUUCCUUCUAACACUUUCAGCCCAAACACUGUGCCCAUUGCUUAAGACCGUGUUCUGUAACAGCUGCGGAGUAGCUGCCUCAAACAUUCCUCCUUGGUAAACAUGGGUGGGGCCCUCAGUUCACCCAAGGGCUUGUUCUAUGAUUUUUGUCUCCAACAGGAACUCUGUACUCAAGCCAUAGAACGCACUGAUGCUCCCAAUGCCUCCAUUGCAAAAAAAAUAAAAUAUUUUCAAAAGAG